CCAUUAUCCAAUUUCUCAACCACCUAAAAUUAAUUCCUCUCUCUCUCUAGUUAGUGUCUGCCUCCAUAACUAUCUAGCAUUGCAUCUUUCACAUAAAAUUUUAUUAACUCUUUUUGGUUUUUGCAUGCCUUUUUACCCUGUUUAGUAGGAGUAAGGAUUUUGUGGUUUCAGAAUUUGCACCUAUAUAAGCAGUUUGGUAGAAAUUCCUAAUUUCAGGUACAAGUUUACCACCCCUCAUAAAACUAGCUUCCUAAUAAUUUCCCUUUAUUCUCCCAUCUUAUCUCUCCCAAUCUGAAUCCGAUCUUCAAUACCACAAAAUACUAAACAUCUGUUGCUAAAUUUCAUCUUUUUCGAAAGUGGCCGUGAAGGUUUCUAGCCUUUUAAUGUAGAUUAAAAAGUGAUCUCAACCAAUUUUAUUUUCAAGAUUGGAGCCAAAGAAAAAAAUAUUGGUGAUUUUAUCACAAUGAUGAAUCCCCUACUUUGUAUUUCCUUUGUGGUCCGAUUCUCAUCUGAACGCAUGUGGAGGAAACAAGUUCGCACCAUUCACUUUUAGUAUUCUAAAAUUAUAUUUGUAGCGCUUCAUCAGAAUUUUGAGCAGAAGUUCCUCAGUUUGAAGGCGGCAAUGAGAUUCUAUCACUGGCCGCGCCGCCUGCUCGUCGAAGCUCGAGACAGCGGCGGCGGCGGCUACAGCAGAGCGGCGAGCUUCGACAGGAACAUGGUGAUCAUACUGGCGGCCUUGUUGUGCGCUUUGAUAUGCGCUCUCGGGGUAAACUCCAUAGUGAGAUGCAUGCUGAGGUGCGCGGCCAGGAUGAAUAUUAAUCGGGGCGAGGCGCCGCCGCAGUUCGGGAGGAAGGGGCUGAGGAAGGCGGCGCUCCGGCAUAUCCCGGUGGAGGUGUACGGGUCGAAGCAGGGGGUGGGGUCCACGGACUGCCCGAUAUGCCUUGGUGAGUUUGUGGAUGGAGACAAGAUGAGGGUGCUGCCCAAAUGCCAUCACUCCUUUCAUGUGAAAUGUGUUGAUGUGUGGUUGGCCUCCCACACCUCGUGCCCCACGUGCCGCCACUCGCUCGCCGACCACGCCCCCGACGGCGGCCGAGGAGCUGAUUCUGCUGCUCAAGAGGUGGCCUAAUUGCAUUGUUUAUAUUUUCUUAGGAUUAGUUUUAUUUUGGAUUUGCUUUGUUGUUUUGAAAAGCACUUCUUUAAAUGGCUUAUGUGUGUCAUGUAAAUAUUGGGAAAAAGUUCUUGGAGAUGUUCGGUGUUUGGCUAAUCUUAUUUUGGAGAGAUUAUGAACUCCAACGCUUAAUAAAAUGUUUCAAGAAUUUAAAAGA